AUGACUAUGGAGCAUGUGGAACUGGGGUUCCAGAAGAGUUCCGACUGGGCCAAAUACAGCCAGAAGAGUUCCAACUGGGCCAAAUACAGCCAGAAGAGUUCGGACUGGGCCAAAUACAGCCAGAAGAGUUCCGACUGGGCCAAAUACAGAGAGAAGAGUUCCGACUGGGCCAAAUACAGCCAGAAGAGUUCCGACUGGGCCAAAUACAGAGAGAAGAGUUCCGACUGGGCCAAAUACAGCCAGAAGAGUUCCAACUGGGCCAAAUACAGAGAGAAGAGUUCCGACUGGGCCAAAUACAGCCAGAAGAGUUCCGACUGGGCCAAAUACAGCCAGAAGAGUUCCAACUGGGCCAAAUACAGCCAGAAGAGUUCGGACUGGGCCAAAUACAGCCAGAAGAGUUCCGACUGGGCCAAAUACAGCCAGAAGAGUUCCGACUGGGCCAAAUACAGAGAGAAGAGUUCCGACUGGGCCAAAUACAGCCAGAAGAGUUCCGACUGGGCCAAAUACAGCCAGAAGAGUUCCGACUGGGCCAAAUACAGCCAGAAGAGUUCCAACUGGGCCAAAUACAGCCAGAAGAGUUCGGACUGGGCCAAAUACAGCCAGAAGAGUUCCAACUGGGCCAAAUACAGAGAGAAGAGUUCCGACUGGGCCAAAUACAGCCAGAAGAGUUCCGACUGGGCCAAAUACAGCCAGAAGAGUUCCGACUGGGCCAAAUACAGAGAGAAGAGUUCCGACUGGGCCAAAUACAGCCAGAUGAGUUCCGACUGGGCCAAAUACAGAGAGAAGAGUUCCGACUGGGCCAAAUACAGCCAGAAGAGUUCCGACUGGGCCAAAUACAGCCAGAAGAGUUCGGACUGGGCCAAAUACAGCCAGAUGAGUUCCGACUGGGCCAAAUACAGAGAGAAGAGUUCCGACUGGGCCAAAUACAGCCAGAAGAGUUCCGACUGGGCCAAAUACAGCCAGAAGAGUUCCGACUGGGCCAAAUACAGCCAGAAGAGUUCCGACUGGGCCAAAUACAGCCAGAAGAGUUCCGACUGGGCCAAAUACAGAGAGAAGAGUUCCGACUGA